AUGUCGUCCGUCGUCGAGGCCGCCGUCCCGCUGCACGUCAAGAAGCUCUCGCCGCAGGGCCGGCUGCCCACCCGCGGCAGCGCCUUUGCCGCCGGCUACGACCUGUACGCGGCCAAGGACACGGUCGUGCCGGCGAGGGGAAAGGCGCUUGUCGAUACCGACAUUAGCAUUGCUGUGCCUGCGGGAACGUACGGCCGUAUUGCUCCCCGCUCGGGCCUCGCCUCCAAGCACUUCAUCGACACCGGCGCGGGCGUCAUCGACGCCGACUACCGCGGCCCCGUCAAGGUCCUCCUGUUCAACCACGCCGAGGAGGACUACGAGAUCAAGGAGGGCGAUCGGAUCGCGCAGCUCGUGCUCGAGAGGAUCGUGACGCCGGAUGUGGUCGAGGUGGAGGAGCUGGAGGAGAGCGUUCGGGGUGCUGGUGGCUUUGGAAGCACGGGCAAGAACUAG